CCACAGGCGGAACUGGAGGCAGCAGCUUUUUCGAUGCCGCGUAAAAAAACGUCCAUAAAUCAAUAAGUCAUCAAUAAUAUCUGAAAUAAUCGAUGUUGAGUGAUAGUUAGAGGAUCAGAGAGACGUUGGAGGGAAACCGGAAAUGACGGAAAGAGAGUUUCACUCUGAAAUAACCUCCAACGGUUCACUAACCGCCAGAAAUCAACCAGAUCUCUCCCACUGAGGGAGAAAUAACCUCCUGAGAUCCUCCUAACGCGUCAGAAAACCUCCUUUAUUCAAGAACAGGUCGAUUUAUCCUCUUUGGCUGAGUUCGGAGAUCUUCGUCUCUCAGUUUCUCCUUCAGUUUGAACAUUUAGCGCGUUUCUGUUAACCGGGAACGCGCAUGCGCAGUGAGCAGCUGCGGGCAGAUGCGGAUAUAAGGAUUGGCGCCGGCGCCACAGCUGAUGCAUUCAUUCAUUCAACACAGAGGAGUGGAGCCAUAAAACAAGUCAACAAAAUGUCCAGACGCAGCGGUCGCAUCACUUUGCAAGCUAGAGAUUCAAACACACCCGAGCCGAUCGUCAAACCUGCGCUGAAGAGGAGGAAGUCAGAGCCUUCAAAGAAGAAGCUUCAACCUGCAGCCAAGAAACAGAGCUAUGAGAUCCAGAAGUGUUGGUCGGAGGACGGAGCGAGUCCCUGCGUCCUCAUCGAGACUCCCCACAAAGAGCUGGAGCCUUCGGAUCAGUCCGGCUUCAAGCAGUACCGCUUCAAGAACCUCUUCAUCAAGGCCUCCCCCAUCCCUCGACUCAGCUGGGCCAGUUCAGACGACGUUUGGAUCAAGAUGCUGAACAAAGACCUGAAGUACGUUCAUGAUAAGAGUUACCUGCAGAAGCAUCCCAAACUGCAGCCCAAGAUGAGAGCCAUCCUGCUGGACUGGCUGCUCGAGGUGAGCGAGGUGUACAGCCUCCAUCGGCAGACGGCGUACCUGGCUCAGGAUUACUUCGACCGGUACAUGCUGACUCAGGAAGACGUCAGCAAAGAGUCCCUGCAGCUCAUCGGCAUCACGGCGCUCUUUAUCGCAUCAAAAAUGGAGGAAAUCUACCCUCCUAAGAUCGUGGAGUUCGCCUACGUGACGGACGGAGCCUGUGACAUGUGGGACAUCCAGCAGACGGAGCUCCUCCUGCUGAAGGCGCUGGAAUGGAACCUGUGUCCGGAGACGCCGGUCUCGUGGCUGAAGCUGUACGCUCAGGUGGAAGCUCAGAGGGAAGGAGAGAACUUCCUGGAGCCACAGUUUUCUCAGGAAUCGUACAUCCAGAUCACACAGCUGUUGGAUCUCUGUAUGAUGGACAUCGGCUCGUUGGACUACAACUACAGCGUCCUGGCUGCUGCUGCUUUCUGCCACUUCUCCACGUUUGAUGUCGUCCACAAAGUCUCAGGCCUGACGUGGGAGAGCGUGGCGCCCUGCGUUCGGUGGAUGAGUCCCUUCAUGGACGCGCUGAGAUCUGAAGCGUCGCCUCAACUCAAGAACUUCCCCAAAGUCAAAGCUGACGACAGACACAACAUCCAGACGCACGUGUCGUACCUCGACCUGCUGAGGAAAGCUCAGGAGCGUCAGAUCGACAGUCCCGACUGUCAGCUGUCCCCCCUCGCCGCGGGAGCGAUGCUGACCCCGCCCAAAAGCACAGAAAAACCAGCCAAUCACUGAGCAGGACACAAACAGCGCUACCUCUCCUCCUCCUGAAGGGACGGCCGACCUCUGGGACCACAUCGCCUCCUCACAUCACCCAGACCCGUCAUGUAGCAGGCUCUCUGUUUGAAACACUAAGUCAGGACUUCCUGUCGUCUGUUAAUCCUUCACUUUUAUAAAACCAGACUUUCAGGGAGUCCGACCUUCUUUACGUUACAAAGGGGGGACCGGGAGGAACCGGGAGGAACCCUCCAGCCUACCUGAGACUUGUCCUCUGCGGCGGAGACUGCGGCGCACUGACGUGAGGACGCAGGGAUUUCAACGCGCCUGUCCUGGUGUGAGAGGAAACCUGUGCAGUGCAUUCUGGGAGUUUCACUGGUGCUUUUCUGGAACUCUGAGGCGUACAGCUCUCAGACGGUGCUUCAGUCAGAUUCUCAGGAAGUUCGAUGGUCACUUAUUUCACUCCACGUUGAAAGUGGAAGGUAUUAUUGUCUCUUUGUUGUGUUGUAAACUUUCAGAUUCCACUUUAAAUCCCAGCGGGUUGAACGAUGUGAUUUAUCUUGUGAGCCAUAGGAACCAAAUGAUUCGCUGUAAACGUCCUGGAACCCGGAGGUGUCCUGAACGCACCUCGGCUCAAUAAUUCCCUUCCCUGUUUUUAUGAAAGUUGCGACCCGGUUGCACGUUCUUGUUACAUUCCUGGAAGACUUGACCUUUGAUGGGAGACCUGCCUUCAAUGUGCAACGUUUGCUUCUCGUAUUUCUCUGCGUGUAUUUAUUGAUUAGCCUGUAGCGUGUAAAAUAAAACCUCUGUUCAUGUCGAGGGAAUCUGUCAGCGAUGAACGAGCUCAGCUUGAUCACCGCCAAAGGCAAAAGCUAUUUAUGAUCUCUGCUGUGACGCUGAAUCCUCGCAGUUCCUCGUGAGACGUUUGGAUCUUUUCUUAGUGCCUUUUAAAGCGAGAUGAACUGUACCUUUAAUUUCUUAAUUUAAACUCCAGUGAAGCCUGAAGGCGGCGGCUGAGAGACGAACAAACCUGUGACUUACCCUGAGGCGCUCCAGCUGAACGGAGGCUCUGCAGUGAACAAUGUCAACUGUAUGUAGAUGUUUUUGUACAUAGAACAAUAAAAAUGUGUAUUUUUCUUUUAUAUCUGAAUGUUUUAAAUAAAAAAUGUGAGAUUA